CUCUUCCAUCUCUCUCUCUCUCUCCCUUUUUAUUUUUAUUUCUCUCUCUGUCUCUUCGUUUUAGACAAGUUCGAACCUCGCCCCUCGACUUUUUUUUUUUUUUCGUUUGUUUCAAGUGAGUGUGUCGUGUGUGUAGUGUUGAGGACAUACCCCUCUACUUAAGCUAUUCAUCUCCCUCUUCUUUUGGGCACACACACACACACACAUACACACACAAUAGACGGACUACUUUUUGUUUCUGCUAUCAAGAUCUGUGGCUCUUUGACCAGGACAAACUGGAACCCAUCCUAGUUUUUGUUUGACUUUCCUGGAAGUGCCUUGUUGGUAUUUUUCUGUCUAAUCCCCAAUACUCCCCCCUCACGUAUUUGUCUAUUCACUCCUUAAAAAGAUUUUUAAAACCGUUUUUUUUGGUUCUGAUUCGUCUGCUGGUUACAGCCAGUGCUGCGUGUGUGUGUGUCUCGUGUGUGUGUGCAUGAGUGUGUGAUUCUGUGUCUCUCUCUCGAAUCCUCUAAAGAAGGGAGGAGAGUAGAAUCUAAAACUCAAUCGAUUCUUAAAAGAACAAGCGUGAACAAAGAGGAGAGAAAAAAGGCAAUAAAAAAUUAUGUUGGAAAUAGCUUUGAAUAACGUGACAGACGCGAUCGGAGCGGCGACUGGAACGGGCGCAUCCAACAGCAAAAUGGACCACCUGAUGACGAUGCCGAAUUAUUCUUACAUCUUCAAGUUCGAGGACGAAUUCGAGCACACGGACGCCAAGUUCUGGUUCAACCGGUACUGGACGGGUUGUUUCUACUAUGUCGGCAUUUACAUGCUGGUCAUUUUCACUGGCCAGCAAUUGAUGGCCAAUCGGCCGCGCUACGAACUCCGAGGACCGCUCAUCUGCUGGAACAUCAUGUUGGCCGCCUUCAGCAUUAUCGGAGCCUGUCGCACCAUCCCCGAGUUGGUCUACGUCACUCGGAAUUUCGGCCUCUAUCAUUCCGUCUGCGUUCCCAGUUACAUUGAAGAUGACAAAGUGUCUGGCUUUUGGUCGACUAUGUUUGUCUUGUCAAAAGUGCCCGAACUGGGUGACACCAUGUUUAUCGUCUUACGUAAGCAGCCUCUUAUCUUCCUCCAUUGGUAUCAUCACGCCACUGUCUUGGUCUACUGCUGGUACGCUUUCACGGAAUACACGGCACCAGCGCGUUGGUUUAUCGUCAUGAACUUUAGCGUCCACUCGUUCAUGUAUUCUUACUACGCACUCAAGGCUAUGCACUACCGAGUUCCGCGCAUCAUCGCCAUGGCCAUCACGGUGGCCCAGCUGUCACAGAUGGUAGCCGGAUGUGCCGUCAAUCUUUGGGCGUACCAAUUGAAGCAGAAUGGCGAAGCGUGCAACGUCAGCGAACACAACAUCAAGAUGUCUCUACUCAUGUACUUUUCGUACUUUGUCCUGUUUGCACGCUUCUUCUACAAGGCUUAUGUCGAUAGACGGGCUCCACGUAAAGGAGUCGACACUGCGCCCGCAGUGCCGGCCAUCAGCCACAACGGAACGGCCAAGAAAGUCCAGUAAAUUACACAACACACUCGAAAAAAAAAAUCAAUGACAUUACGACAAGGAGAGUACGAAGAUAUUCCUGGCGCAAAGAUGAAGAAAGGUCAAGAAAAAAGAGAUUAACGGGAUGCACACGGAGCUGGUCCUUUCACUCGUGUUGGUUUUAUAGUCUUUAUAUUCAAAAGAAAUAAUAAUAAUUUAGAUUAGCGAAUGAAAGGGAGAAAUUUUGAGAGCAAAUCAAUUUGCUCCUUUCUCGUACGUACUACGUGUAUCAACAUAAUUUUUUUCUCCUGGAUUUUUCUUUUCCUUCUUUUAAACUCCUUUUCUUUUUACAUAUAUAGGGUACUCACAAAUGUUUGUGGUGCUUUCUCGCACUCUUGUCUCUGUAGGUUCGAAACUCCGCCUACACUGCAAUAUUUUUUCCUUUACUUAAACAUCACACCCACACACGACCGUCAUUAUUUUUUCGUGUUUCUCUUAUGAUUUUGUAUAAACACACGAAGAAGAAGAAUCACACCUGCUGAUUCCAUUGUUUUAGCCCCGCCGUCUCCAUUGUGAAUGAUUACGGGAUGAUGGGCGGGCAAUUGUAAUUGUACAAGGGAACGGGAUCGAGUGUUCAGAAACGCUAGAUGAAUUUGAAACAGGAAAAGGAAAGAAAAAAAAGGAGGCUGUUAAGGUUAAUAUUUGAUCACUUGUUACUGUAUAGAAAAGAUGUCAAGAAAGAAAAAUAGGCUAAUCAUGUCUGGAAUUUCUUAACAUUUCCUCUUAUGUCUCAACCCCCUCCCAUUCCAUCUGUUCCCGAAGAGCUCCGUUUUUGAAACAUUUUCCAUUUUGCUUCUGCUGGAUGUGUCAUUUUUAUGCGCGUCUUUCUUUUUUGGGGUGUGUGUAUGUGUGUGUUUGUGAAGACGUCGUUGGAUGUUACCUCCUUCCCUCACGUCUACAUUGCGCGACGUUGCAGUUUUGUUUUUCAACAGCAGGUUCACUUUCUUCUUGCAGUGCAACAAACAAAAAAACAAAAACAAAUACAAAACAAAACAAAACAAAAAAAUUGAAACGUGGAACAGAAGCGUGCGAAGGUUAUUUUCCAAUCAAUAGCGAAUUGAAUUUUCUAUUCAUUCCUUACUUUUCAUUAUGUUUCCAAUUAUAAUUUUUUUGUGUCUCUCCUUCCCUACCCAAUAUCUCAUGUAAAGGGAAAGAUUGGAUUCGGUUUCGCUCAAAUGGUUCUAGAUCUUUUAUUACAGCUCCUCUGAUUACCUUAUACUAUUCUUAUUGUACACCGCCCGUCUGAUCGCCAUUAUUCCUUUAUUCUUACUCGCCCUCUACCCAACAUUAUUAACACACGUGUUACAUAACAAUAAUCAUACAGUACCUCGAUUUAUGACCCGGAGAAGAAAAACAAGUGGAGGAUUGUGAAAAGAAAAGAGAUUGGCUAAAGAUAAAUCAAAGACAUAUGAAAUUUCA